AUGCUGACUCCUCCGUUCUUGUUUGCUGCAGCCCCAGCCCCUAAAAGGCAGAAAUGUGACCACUGGACCCCGUGCCCCUUGAACACCUAUGCCUACCGCUUGCUCAGCGGGGGCGGCAAGGACAAGUAUGCCAAAAUCUGCUUUGAAGAUGAGCUGCUCAUGGGAGAAAAGACUAGAAAUGUUGGAAGAGGAAUAAAUAUUGCCAUUGUCAACUAUAUGACUGGGAAAGCAAUAGCAACACAGUAUUUUGAUAUGUUUGGAGGUGAUAACUCUGGACCGAUGAUGAACUUUAUUCAGAGCGCACCUCCAAAGUCCCUGCUCUUCAUGGUGACCCAAGAUGACGGUGCGAGUAGGCUGAAGGAGGAUGCCAAGAAGGUCAUAGAAGCACUUGGAAGUAAACAAAUCAGGAACAUUCGGUUCAGGUCGAGCUGGGUAUUUAUCACAGCAAAAGGCUUUGAGCUUCCUGCAGACAUUCAGAGAGAAAAUGGAGGAGUCCAUGUGGCGUUGUUCCGCAUUCCCGUCCUAACUUAAAGGGAAACUGUCCCCAUGACCGGAGCCCCUGAUGUCCUGCAAGUGAAGGAGGAGGAUGUCCUCAAAUUCCUUGCAGCAGGAACCCACUUGAGUGGCACCAACACUGACUUGCAGAUGGAGCAGUACAUCUACAGAAGGAAAAGUGAAGGCAUCCACAUCAUGAAUCUGAGGAGAACCUGAGAGAAGCUUCCGUUGGCAGCUCAUGUUAUUGUUGUCAUUGAAAACCUGGCUGAUGUCAGUGUCCUAUCAUCCAUGAAUCCUGGCUAGUGAGCUGGGCUGCAGUGUGCUGUUGCCGUCCGCCUCCCCCCGGAACCCUCACUAACUAACCAGAUCCAGGCAGCCUUCCGGG